UUCAUUUCUUGGUAACUUCGAAUUAAAGCCUUGCUGUAAUGUGGCUCCUGACAAUCCUAAAUUUCACGUUAUGUUUUGCGGCCAGCUAUCAACAAUUCCCUCGUCUGUGUGCCACCCGCGAAGCCUUGCUCACCAAGGAGUGCUGCCCGUCUUGGGAAGGAGACGGCUCGCCCUGCGGAGCCAGCUCCGGCCGGGGCUUCUGCCAUGAUGUGGAGGUCCCGGACCAGCCGGAUGGGCCGCAGUACCCCUUCUCCGGGUUGGACGACAGGGAGAAGUGGCCCUUGGUUUUCUACAACCGGACGUGCCAGUGUGCAGGGAACUUCAUGGGCUUCAACUGCGCGGACUGUUUGUUUGGCUACUUUGGAGUGAACUGCAAUGAGAGGAGAGAGUCUCUGAGGAGGAACAUAUUUCACCUUUCCAGAGCCGAGAGAAUCAGAUUUGUGUCCUAUCUGAACUUGGCCAAGCAGACAAUAAGCAGGGACUAUGUUGUUGUGACCGGGACCUACCAGGAGAUGGAAAACGGCUCCAACCCGAUGUUCGGUGAUGUGUCUGUGUACGAUGUGUUUGUGUGGAUGCAUUACUAUGUGUCCCGGAACGCGCUGCUUGGCGGGCCGGGGAAUGUGUGGACCAAUGUGGACUUUGCCCACUGGGCGCCUGCGUUUCUCCCGUGGCACCGCGCAUACCUGCUGCACUGGGAGCAUGAGAUCAGGAAGCUGACCGGAGACACGAGCUUCACCAUCCCGUACUGGGACUGGAGGGAUGCCCAGGAAUGUGACGUGUGCACGGACGAGCUGAUGGGGGACCGGAGUCCCCAGGACCCCACCUUACUCAGCCCAGGCUCCGUCUUCUCUUCUUGGAGGGUGCUGUGCUCCCAAGCUGAGGAGUACAAUGACAGAGGUGUGUUAUGUGAUGCCACGGAGGAAGGCCCAUUGCGUCGUAACCCUGGAAACCAAAACCGUAGCGUGGUCGAACGAUUACCAACUUCAGCAGAGGUGGAGUUCACUGUCAGUCUGACCAGCUAUGACACGGGAGCCAUGGACCGCAGUGCCAACAUGAGCUUCAGGAACACUCUGGAAGCUUCACCUUGA